CUGAGGUUUUCUAUGGGAUUCCCAAAGUGCUGCAGAGAUUUACCGGAGCGUGCGGCGGCAGCGGCGGGACAGACACGGCGGCAUUCGAGAGGGAUUUUAGCCACCCAGAGCUCUGGAGAAAAAGAGCGCAAACGAGCCACCCAGAGACGGCUUAACCGUUUAUUCGAAUUAAAUAUAUAUAUACAUAUAUAUAUUUAAGAGGAAAAACAGAUCUUGAGUUUUAUCCUUUGCUUUAAAGUGACCGUGCGCAGCGCUCUAACUGCAGCAUGGGGAAACAGAACAGCAAACUGGCCCCUGAAGUGAUGGAGGACCUGGUGAAAAGCACCGAGUUCAACGAGCACGAGCUCAAGCAGUGGUACAAAGGCUUUCUCAAGGACUGUCCGAGUGGGCGGCUGAACCUCGAGGAAUUCCAACAGCUCUACGUGAAGUUCUUCCCGUACGGCGACGCCUCCAAGUUUGCCCAGCACGCGUUCCGGACCUUCGACAAGAACGGCGACGGCACCAUCGACUUCCGAGAGUUCAUCUGCGCCCUGUCCAUCACCUCCCGGGGCAGCUUCGAGCAGAAGCUGAACUGGGCCUUCAACAUGUACGACCUGGACGGCGACGGCAAGAUCACACGUGUGGAGAUGCUGGAGAUCAUCGAGGCCAUCUACAAGAUGGUGGGGACAGUCAUCAUGAUGAAAAUGAACGAGGACGGGCUCACCCCCGAACAGCGAGUGGACAAGAUUUUCAGCAAGAUGGAUAAGAACAAAGACGACCAGAUCACACUGGAUGAAUUCAAGGAAGCUGCAAAGAGCGACCCUUCCAUUGUAUUACUUCUGCAGUGUGACAUUCAGAAAUGAGCUGAGGUCAAUACCAUGGACUACACAAAAAGUCUCUAUGUUCCAUUCAGUCUGCAGCUAUUCACACACACACACACACACACACACACUAUGCUUGGACUACCUAUAAAUGGACUUGCUUCUUGUGUUUGAAACACUUGUGUGCAUGAGAAUGUCAUUUGCUAAUGAAUUUUAAAAGCAUAUGUUAUAAAACAAAAAAACCUGCCACAAUGUGAUAUGUGUAAUAUCAUUUCAUUAAAAAACAAAACAAAACAGACCCUCUUUCUCCAAAUCCUGGGCAGAAUAUGUGCUGCAAAAAGUUUUCUGAUUUCUUGUUCAUGUUUUGCUAAUGCUCGUGUCUCCUUGAUUACAUACUGUUCGUGGGCCCCAAGCCUCCCACAGUCAUGUAACUUCUCAGCUGUGUCCCCAUGCUCCUGUACAACAGUGCUAAGCACACAGGCAGAGGGGCCCUUGCCUCCUGGGUCUGGUCUACACCCGAGAGCUUGUAUUAUCUGUGACUAGAAAUGUACAUUUGCAUGCCUUUUAGGUUUGCCUUAAUUCUUACCUCAUUUGCAUCCUAUCAAUCUGGAAAGAGCUGUGUUGGAUGAAUACAGUAUAAAACCUUAAAACCCUGCUAAAAUGACUAAUUAAAUCUAUCUAUCAAUACAUAUAUACAAAGAUAUUAUUUAUUGGAAGUGGGAAAAAAGUAAGAUGAUGAUGUAUUGAUUUCUGUUUGAAUUUUCAGAGGCUCCCAAAGAGGCUGUAAUAUAUAUCUCAAAUAAAUUUAUAACAUUUGACAUCC